AAAGGGCUCUGGGCUUCGCGAGGAAAAGGUCCUCGAAGGCUCUACCGCGACGUGCAGCCGCUUCCUCCACUCGGUCCCCUCCCAUGGCGACCGCUCUCCCAACCUCCGCUGCCGCCGCCACCGCCACCGCCGCCGUUCGGAUCUUCCAACCGACCCGGUUCCGCCUCCCUAGAACCUCUUCCGUGCUUGCCCGCAAGCGUUCCGCUAGUCGCCGCCUCUCCGGCAUCACCUGCUCUCCCGGGAUUGCCAGCGUCGCCGGCCAAGCUACGUCCCCGGAGGACGCCGUCCGCAUCGUGGCCGUCGUCGGCGACGGAAGCAUCAGCCCGCUCAAGGAUACGCCAUGGGACGAGGUUAUGCGCCAUACGGCUGAUAGGUUGAAGUGGGUUGAUGAAGGAUUUGAAAUGCUUGUAUUCACUGACAAGUGGAUUGACCAUGAUGAUCUUAAGAAAGAGUUGUCUCGCUGUGAUAUGCUAGUCAAUGUUGCAAUAACAGGCCAGGAGUCUGUUCAGUGGCUUAUGGAUAACAGCAAGAACAUACCGAAUGUACUUUGCUUUCAGUCAUCUCCGUCCUUAGUAAACAAGCUAGGUGGCACGUAUGUUCAAUACACGGGAGAACAGGACUUCUUUGGCAAGCUAAUCAAUGUUGGAAAACCAAGUGGAACAGAGGAAUCAACUGAAGUCCUCAAGACGAUAUCCAAUGCCUGGGAAAGGCACAACUCAGAUGACAUUAGGUUUUGCUUACUUGUUGUGGUUAAUGCAUACAUAAGACCGGUGGCUAUGCUGAAAAACCUUAGGGCAAAAGGUCUGUCUACCCUAGGUUGUAUGAUAACAAACUGCGGUCCUCAAAUACUGAAUUGUUUGUUUGAUCCCGACUGUAGGAAAGCCAUUCAAUGUCUGAAUUCUUGCUCUCCAACCGACCAGGUCUGUAACUAUCGCUGCAUUGCAUCGUACGAGAGUCCACAUCUAGAGGCUUUUUCCCUCUGUGUUUUGCAAAAGCACAACUGCCUUGAGCUCAAUGCUGAGAUCCCUAGUAAGCCCUCUGUGACCCCACUAUCAAUGUUCAGAGAACUAAAGCUUAGCCAUGAAGUUGCAGAAGACCUGUUUGUCGGUUGGCUGGACGGCUUGGAGUGGAGCUGGAGAGUUGUAGCUGGACAAAAUCCAGCAUAUGACCAAUUCCCAUGCCAGUACCAAUUAUUCUACAGAGGGAAAGCUAAAGGUUCAUUUUGGUACGAGCCAAUUUUUCAAGUCAGAACCCUGGAAGGAAAGCUGGUUUGGAGGCGUAGAAAGUACAGAGUGAGAAGAGCUAGCACCCCUGGUACAUUUUAUUUCAGUGUGCUGGAUAAUGGUGUGGUUUCGAAAGAGUUUUGGACAGUUGUUGAUGUUUCGGAUGAUUUCGGCUGGGGUCUGUUCCAUUACCAUGGAGCUGCUCAGGCUGCUGGACAAUCAUACACUGGAGCAGUGCUUGUUACCCCUGAUGGGUCUUAUCCUGACGGGGACAACCCAAGAUUGGACUCUGCUUUGGAGAAAUGUGGUAUCAAGAAAUGGGAGCUUUAUAUGGUUGACAACUGCUCCUGCACGGGCGCGCCUUUGGGAACCCCCGAAGGUUCACGGCUGCAUUACCAGAUCGCUCCAGGAAAAGAAGCUGGCAUUAUGCAGAGAAUAUGAUGUUCACACAGCAUGAAAGGGGCAAUUCCUUCCCCAACUGAUGUACAUGUGCACCUCUACUUACAAAGAUGUAAAGAAUGACCGCCGGUAUUACCAAAUGGAUCUUAUUUGUAAUUGGGAGCUUUUCUCAUCAUGACAGGUCGACGUUGGAUGCAAUGUUCAAGGGGCGUCUUCAUCACUUGUAUAAAUCCUGGAUCCUCACACAUAGCAGGAGUGCAGGACAGAAGGGUUCAUCCUGUGUCUGCUAUGCCAGUCCCACUGUCCCCAGUUCUCUGCUGGUGUUCCGUUCUGGUUGCUGUACAGUUAUCUUUUGCCGCUUACUGUAAACUUAUAGUGAACAUAAACGAGCCAUUAUCGUGUAGACAACUAAGUCGUUAAUACAUGUGUUGUUGCGAUAUUUAA